CUUAUUUGCCGGCAUGAGCCGGAAGUGCACCGAUGAACUGUCCAUGGAGGAGGGGAUGGAGGUGGACUGUCAGCCAGAGGAUCUGCCCGUGUCCUCCUAUGAUGAGCGCGGUGUUAAAGACAUGAGGCUGGAGGCUGAAGCUAUAGUCAGCGACGUCCUGUUUGCAGUGAGCAACAUGUUCGUGUCUAAAACUCUCACCAGUGGUCUGGAUUUGGCUUUUAUCAACGUGGAGACGAGAGAAGGAAAGCGCUACUGCUUAGAGCUGAGUGAAGCAGGGCUCAGGGUGGUGGGACACACCUUUGAUCAGGUGGAUGCAGGUCUGAGCACUCAGUAUCAUGAGACUGUUUACUCACUCCUGGACUCUCUGAGCCCGGGUUACAGAGAAGCAUUCGGAAAUGCCCUGCUCCAGCGACUCGAGAGGCUCAAACCAAACGGCCAGUGAAAAGUUCAGCCUGAACCCAGGCUCUGCUUCCAGACAUCUUUGCUUGCCAGCAGUCACGCUGCAGUUCUGUGCAACAGUCAGCUAAAAGCAUCCGUGGCAACCUUUCCAAUCUGAAACACCUUCCUGGCUUAUUUUAGUCACACUUUUGAUUUUACAAAGAUGACAAUUUUUUUUGUGUGUUUUAUGCUAUGGGGGGGGAAAGAAAACAAACAGAGGGUGCUGUACGAUUUUGAGUGUAGGGUCUAGAAAAUACUGAAGAUACUUUUGCACAUGACCAACUAAUAACAAAAUUUGUUAAUCACUUGGUCAGCCAAUAUUGUGACUAGAAACAAAAACCAGCUCUGUGCCCUUUUACCCUGUAAAGCUUUACUAUUUUGACUAAACCGGACCUGAAAAGCUGCUUGUUUUUACAAUAAAUAAAUAAAAAAGAAAAACUG